AUGAACUACACGACAAUCAUGCAAAUUUUGGUUGCACUAGUGCUAGCUAUUUCCGUUCUAACGACGACGACAGUUGAUGCACGCGCCCAUCGUCACAGGAAACGAGGUAAGUAUACUGAUUCGUACAAUGGUUUAGUGUUGAGCCGGAUUAAGCUUCUGGAAAUUAAUUUUUAAUUUUUGAAUACAGGAGUGAUAUUUAUAACUUAAUGUCGUUUUACAUAGUAUUAAGAUAGAGAAGGUGAAAAGACGAAAAUUUUAAAUGUUAAAAGAUAAAUGUUAGAAGACUUUAUCUUUAUAAAACCCAUAGCAUCUUAAUAUAAAAAACUAUAGCAAGCAAAUUAAGGCUUGGUCUUCAAUCUUAACAUUAUGAUUGUUAAUCUCAACAUUUUCAGCUCUACAAGAAGACUACGAAUACAGAGACACUUCCGACUACGACAACAACAACGGUGUAUUUGUUGACCGCGUGCCCAUGAACACGACGCCUUUCCCAAAAAAAAAUCACCAACGAACGAACCGAUUCCCUAAACUGCGAAAAUUCUUCGAAGAGCGCUACUUCCAGUAA